AGAUCGAUAUAUAAAAUCCCUUGAAUCGAUCUUUUUAAGUUUGCUGCUCGUCGACAGAAGGGAGAUAAGUGUAACACGUACUCUCAAACUUUCCCGCCAUAAUUGUUCCAUUCGACGAAAGCAGAAUGUGGAGCACACAAGGAGGUUAUGACAGUUACAACCCUAACCAGACGCAAGGUGGUGGGGGUUAUAUGUCCCCUGCUGGCAUGGAUCCAGCAAACAAGGACUCAAAGUCACGAGAGGAUAAAGUCGAAUACAUCAUGCCAGUCACCAUUUCUGAAAUAUUAAAUGCUUCUCAGAAUUUAGAUGAAUUCUUUUCUGGGAAUAUCAAAAUUUCACAGGUGACCUUUGUUGGUUUAGUGCUUUCAGUGAAAGAAUUACCAAUUCGACUGGACUAUGAAGUUGGAGACUGUACUGGACCUUCUAUUGAAGUGAAACAAUAUGUAGAUAAUCGGGAUGAUGUUCCUGAAAAUGAGAAGAUAAAAUCUCUUGCAGAGAAGACAUAUGUCCGGGUGUCGGGACAUAUUAGGUUAGUGGAGGGAAAACGAUCUAUUGUGGCCUUUAAAAUAAUUCCUUUGACAGAUAUAAAUGAAUUAACAGUCCACAUUCUUGAAGUUAUCCAUUCCCACUUGAUGUACAAUUCAAAUGCUCAUCUGCAGAAUGGAGAAAAGGCUGCACUAACCAAUGAUUAUGAUACAUCAUCUGUUGGAAUUCCUGGUCUUGGACAUUUGCACAAUCAGGUCCAUCAGAUUAUUAAAUCAUGUACAACAGAAGAAGGUUGUAGCAUUGAUGAAGUCAUACAAAAACUGAGAGGCGUUCCAGAACAGUCUGUCAAAGAUGUCAUUAACUUUCUGAGUGGAGAAGGACAUAUAUAUUCUACAAUUUCUGAGAACUAUUUCAAAAUCACAGACGGGUGAUGAGCAUUUCUAAAACUGUUUUAAACUAUUGUUUCUUGAUUCUGUAAUAAAGUGGAACCAUUUUCUACCUUAA